AUGACAAGUUCCAAUGUGCCAAACUUGAAGAAAUUAACCAAAGAUGAGUUGCUAACUCGUGAUAUUUUUGGAAGAACCGUGCUUCAUAUAUCUAUAUUAAUGAAUGAUUACGAGUGUUUGAAUCAACUUACAAAAAACCCCGAGUUUAAAUCGAUACUACAUAUUUGCGAUUACGAAAAUGGGUGGAAUUGUAUGCACUAUAUCAUUUUCUACAAGAGACUUCAAUGUUUCAUUGUUUUGAUCCAAUACUUGCAAACAAGUUUGGUCAAUUUGUUUGCACCGAACGGAGCGCUUGUUGAAUUACUCAAGUGCAAAGAUCGGUGUGGAUAUACAUGUAUGCAAUUGUUAGAUCAUGAUCUUUCGAGCAUGCGAUCACUCCCGGAGUUUAUAGAUGUACGUGACACCUAUAAUUGGAGGAGCCAAGAUGAUCCGAUACCAGGAACUAAGGAAUUGUUUUUGAAUACAAAGAUUCCCAAGGAUGAGGAGCAUGACGUGCAAGAGUUGCAACUGCAAGAUACAACGCGAGGCGGAUCGGAUAUUUACGUGAUAGGAUGCAACAGCAAUAGUCAGCUAGGUCUCGGGGAUUCGAAAGAUCGGUCACAACCUUUAAAGGUCUUUGAUGAUGCGUUCAUCAAUGAACAAAAUGAAUCUGAAAUUCUUGCCGAAAGAUUUUGUAAACCAAGAUACAAGAAAAUGGUUAUAUCGAAAAAUCAUGCUGCAGUAUUAACUGCUGAUGGAGAUGUGUUUACAUGUGGUGUAGGCUCUAGAGGAAGGUUGGGCCAUGAUUUUGAUGAUUUGACAAGCGCGUUCAAGUUUAGACGAGUUGAGUUUUUCCAUAAUGCCUUGUACACGGCGCAAGAUGUUGCCAUUUCGAGCAACCAUUCGGCAGUUCUAACAAGUGAUGGUGAUGUGUAUGCUUGGGGAAUGAAUGGAUUCAAUCAAUUAGGUGUCAAUACCCCAUCUACAAGGACCAUUAAUAGCUAUUUGGAUGAUUGGAUCGCUACACCAGUGUUGGUUGCCGGAGAGUUGAGGAAAAAUAAAACAAAGAAGCUUUUAGGGGUGGAUGUAUCAAAAAUACAUUCGGUCACAUGGACCAAGAAUGAAUUGUACUUUUGGGGAUUGAAUACGGGUCAAAUGGGCAUUCAACGCAUUCGUGAUGACAUUGAAGUCAGGUUGCAUGACGAAUCUGUCAAGGGAGAGAUUCAGACGUCUCCGAGGAGCAUAAACUUAAGAGAUGACAUUAAAUGUGUCAGUACAUCAGAGUUGUGUACAUGUGUGGUUACUGUGCUAAAUGAUAUCCAUGUAUACUACAAUUUCCAACACUAUAAAUUGCCCAAGGUUCCGGUAAAAGGAUUGGGUGAUAAAAAUUUUGAUUUGUUCAAGCCUCGUCGUUUAACCGAAGGAACGGUAAUUACAAAGAUUGUUACUCGUGGACCCUAUAGCUCGAUGAUAUUGUUGUCCAAUGGUUCAAUAAUGAGUUUUACUAUCAACUCAACAGAGGUUAAGAAUACCAAGUACAGCACUGUAUGGAAGCCACAGCAUGAGGAUAUGAAGGUGAUCGAUUUUGAUAUGGGCACCGAUGGUUCCGUAGUAUUAUGCACAAAGGCUGGGUCGGUGUUUUUGAAGCUUAAUCAAUCUAGUCAAAGACGCAGCUCCAUGAGUGGUGCUGUAUUACCCAUUCUGGUAAAUAAACACAAAUUUAAAAAAAUUGAAAACGUCAACAGAAUAGUGCUGGUGGCUUGUGACCCAAAAUUUUUAUCAUUUGGAUUCAUACGAGAUGAAAAUUACUCAUUGCCUAUGGAGUUUUACGUUAAUGAUUUCAUAGCAGAUGUAAGACAGUUGUCGCCCAUGUGUGACAUGGACUUGUACAGAAAACAGGAUCAGUUAUUGGACGAUGGAAGUAGCGUGGUAUGCAGCGACAAGAGUGAAAUUGAUUGGAUCUUAAUGCAAACUGAACUGUUUUUGUUGCAAAAGUUUGGAUCCCAGUCUUAUGACAGCCAGAAUCUGAAUAAGCUUUAUGAUGCAUAUAUCAGACUUGAUAACGACCAAGGAGUGUUUUUCCACAAGGAUUUCCUUUGCAGCGUUUCACCCAAGUUUAAUGAGUUAAUCAAGGACGAUGGAAAUCAGAUUGUGGGAAAGAAGUUUAGUGCCACGUGGAAUCCCCUCGACUCUUGUUUGGAAGUAACAUCCAAAACGCAGCUCCUCACAGUUCUACUAUUUGUACAAAGCGUUUACAUGGGCUCCAAGGUAGACCUAUGGUCUAACUAUGGAUCUAGGCUGAGAGCUCCCGAGAGGUUGAAAUUAGUCUUUGAUGAGUUUGACGAGCUAUGCAGUUUAUUCAAUGUCAGUCUCGGUCCAAAACAACUUAGGCUCGGGUUUAGCAAUAUGCUAACAAGCUCAACUGGAACUAUCAAAUUUAAGUUAAAAGAUGGGGAAAUGUUUGCUCACGCGUACCUUCUCAGAGUGAGGUCCGCCUUCUUUGAAACAAUUUUGUCCGAGAGAUGGGGUGUAUCCACCCCUGUCGCUCUUGAUUUCACUGGAUUGACCAGAGCUCAAAUGGGAAUCGUGUUGAGACAUAUCUAUGGUGUCGAAGACAAGGAUUUGUUGAAUUGCUACAGUUUCAAGUUUGAUGAAUCAGAGGCAUUCAUAAAUGAAGCGCUCGAAAUGAUUGAAAUUGCCGACGAAUUGCUAUUGUUCCAGUUGAAGGCAGUUUUUGAGAUUGCCGUUGCUGAGUUGAUCUCUAUACAAAAUGUAUUGUCGUUGACUGUGAAUGCCGAUUAUAUUUCAGCACGCAAGUUGUUUUUACAGUGUUGUUGGUUUAUUCAUCAUAACCUUGAAGUGCUUCUUUAUGAUCCAAUGUUUUUGAAGAUUCCCAUGGAGAUUUUGGAAAAGAUUCAAAAUUGCUUCGACUUGGAAUCCAGUGAUGGGGACGAGUUUUCCAAGCUGAUUCCAAACGGUAUAUCUGUUCUCGGCUUCGUUUCUGACUUGAACUUGCACAAUGAGUACUAUAUGAGUGAUCGCAAGGGAUUUUCCUCGUUUGCACCAUUGGUUGAUCCACGGUUGGAGGCAAAGAAGCCGAAGGAGACAACAAAAAGAAGAAGGUCUAGAAAGAGCUCCACAUUGAACACUGAUAUCGUUGACUUCAGGCGGAAUUUAGUUGCCGAAGGCACCAGAGACUCACCAGCUGUGAUUGAAGAGGAAAUUAACAAUGAGUUCAUUGAAGUUGCUAAAAAGCCUAGGUCCAAGUCACAGACAAAGAAUUCUAUGUUAUUGCAGAACGGUGAUUUGUGUGCACCUUCGAGGAAGACAAGCGUGGGCUAUGUUGGCAAAUCAGAUGCUAUUCAGAGCAAAUCAGUUGAAAGUGAUACCCAAACUAAACAUAUUGCAGUGACUUCUCAAGAAAUUUUGUCACCCCGUUUAACAUGGGCGACUUCACCACCCUCCAAGGGAUGCAAAUUAUCUGAUAGGUCUACCUCACAAUCACCUGAACCAUUUGCAUUAAUGGGAAAUAUGGGCGAUACUAAACAAUUCAAACCUAAAAUGGGUCCUCACGUCAAACUAUCUCAAAAGGAAAGGAAAAAGUUAGCUGCAGCUGCCGCAGCUUCAGCUUCAGCCUCACUGGAUGAACCCAAGCAGCCUACACCAAAGCACAAAGAAAGUGAUGUAGCACCUUGGUCAGCUGUAGCAGCAGAGACGACGACACGGCGCGUUCCUUCUCCAAACUUCCCUGCUUUGGGUGCAAAGAGGGUGAAGUCUCCAAGUAGCGCUCCUACAGCCACGCCAUCAUCUAGAUCUGCACACGAUACCACCUCACCAAUGGUCCAUGCAAAUUCAUCGACAUCGUCCCUUUCGAGCAUAUACUCUACUCCCUCGUUGGCUGAAGUCAUGCGCGGUGAGUCAUUGAAACAAGAACCUAGCAUCGAUGAUAAAUUGCCCAAGAAAUCGUUAGCUGAAAUUCAGAAGGAACAAGAGUUUGAGAAAUGGUGGCAAGAGGAGUCAAGAAAAGUGCAGCAAGAGUUGGGUGUGUUGAAAAUUGAUGACCAGAAACUGAAAAGUAAAAAGAGGACCGAAAAUGGAUAUCGGGGUUCUUUUCAAAAGAAUCAAAAUGGAACCAAAAAGGAACAGGCGAGAUCCAAUGGAACGACAGCAUUGGGUCCAGGGAAGACUCAAAGGAAAUUAUCCAAUGGUACAUAG